GAGACUUGAGUUCAACCCUCUGCCCCUCUCUGUCCUAGCUGUGUGAUUGUGUAAGGGCUACUUUCUCUGGGAGUCUUUUGUGAGAUGGGGCAAUUUGGAGUCCCACGAUUACAUGGGAUAAAGUGCCUGACGCUAGGAAGUUGGUGCUGGAGGGGGUCCUCAGAUCCUAGUCCAGCGUCUAAAGGAGAGGCCACUUGAACUUGAGUCAAAAGGGAGGACAGGGAAAGUGCCUGACUCGACAGUUCAGAAUCUCCGUAAAUCUGGCAGGACUUUAGCCAAGGCUGGCACUCAGCGAACGUUUGUGGAAUGGACGUCUUCUGCCCCUGUGGUUAGGAGGGUGGUAUUUUUCCCAUUUUACAGAUAAGGCAGCCACAACCCUGGAAAGCCAGAGACUUGCCGGUGUUCCCCAAGAGGUUGAUCUGCAAGAAUCUCCUCCGGCUCUAGCCCUAACCCUCGGUCGCGAGGCCCACUCCCGCCAGGUGGCGCUGCCGGGGCAUGGCCGCGGAGCAGCGCGGGGCCUGGUUCGGCUUCGGUUUCUGCGGCUUCGGGCAGGAGCUGGGCUCCGGGCUCGGGCGCCAGGUGCACAGCCCGGAGCCGCUGCGGGCGGGCGUCGACAUCUGCCACGUGAGCGCGAGCUGGAGCUACACCUCCUUCGUGACCCAUGGAGGCCGCGUAGAGCUGUCCGGCUCCGCGAGCGGUGCGGCGGGCGGCUGCAGGGACGCGUGGGCCUCGGAGGGGCUCCUCGUGGUGCUGAGCGCCCAGCCGGGCCCCGGGCAGGGGUCCGGGGCGUUACUCCAGGCCUGGGCGCCCGACUCGGCGAUGCGUGGGGAGCCCCUCUGGGCCAAGAAUGUGUUGAUGCAGCCCGCGAGUGAAGACGAACCGGGCGGUGAGGCCCUGGCUGGGACGCUGCCGCUGCUGCCCUGCGCCCACGCCUACGUGGGCCCGCGGCCGCCUUUCUACCGGCCUCUGGCCCCCGAGCUGCGGGCGCGCCGGCUGGAGCUGGGCGCUGAGCACGCGUUGCUGCUGGGGGCAGAGGGCCAGGUGUUCUCCUGGGGCGGAGGCAGGCAUGGACAGUUGGGCCACGGGACUCUGGUGUCAGAACGGGAGCCAAGGCUGUUAGAGGCAUUGCAGGGCCUACCCAUGGCUGAGGUGGCCGCAGGUGGCUGGCACUCUGUGUGUGUGAGUGAGACUGGGGAUAUUUAUAUCUGGGGCUGGAAUGAAUCAGGGCAGCUGGCCCUGCCCACCAGGAGCCUGGCGGAGGAUGGGAAGAUAGUCACAGGGGAAGCCACAGGACUGAAUGAACGUGGUUCUGAAGUGAAGAGAACAGUCGGGAGUGAGGAUGGAGCCCCUGCCCCUUUCAUAGCUGUCCAGCCCUUCCCAGCUUUACUGGAUCUCCCCCUGGGCUCAGAUGCUGUCAAGGCCAGUUGUGGAUCCCGGCACACAGCUGUGGUAACACGAACAGGGGAGCUCUAUACCUGGGGCUGGGGUAAAUAUGGACAGCUUGGACACAAGGACACCACCAGCUUGGAUCAGCCCUGCCGUGUGGAAUACUUUGUAGAUAAACAACUCCAUGUAAAGGCUGUCACCUGUGGGCCCUGGAACACCUAUGUGUAUGCUGUGGAAAAAGGGAACAGCUGAUGUGUUAUGUUUCUCUCUAUUUUUUUACAUUAUGAAAUAUAUAGAAAAGUACAUAAAACAAAUGUGCACUAUAUGAAAAUUUAUAAAGCUAACACUUGUGAAAUUCCCAUUCAGGUCAAGGAAAACCACUGUCAGCACCCCAAAGUUGCUCCCCAUCAGUCCUGUCCCUUCACCGUGGAACAGGGUCCUUAACUUGUCUGCACUUUAG